CGCGAUCGGAUGGGGCAUACUUUGGGUCGUGAAAUGGCAAGCAUUUCUCCAGCUUUGCUCUUCAAGAACGAACAUGAGAUUUUCGUUGAAGCGGCUACUGACGGCCGAAUGCCGGAGUACUAGCAAACGUUCAUAUAGUGCAGCCGCCGCGGCGGCGUUGCCCGAGCAAGCUGUCCCGACCACCCAAGAACGACGCAAGUUGCAUGUCAGAGAGAAACUGGCCGCAAUUGAGGCAACCCGCCCUUUUCCUCAGUUGACAGACACGUUCGGGCGUCAGCACAGUUACCUACGAAUAAGUCUGACUGAAAAGUGCAAUUUAAGAUGCACAUACUGCAUGCCGGCCGAAGGAGUUCCCUUAAGUCCAAAGGAUCAUAUCUUGAGCACUCCAGAAGUACUCAGACUUGCAAAACUCUUUGUGACGGAGGGUGUAACAAAAAUCCGAUUGACAGGCGGUGAACCGACUAUCAGAAAGGAUCUGAUGGACAUCAUUGCGGGCUUGAACGAUCUACGGUCCAUCGGGCUGAAAACCAUUGGAAUGACCACAAAUGGCCUGGCACUGAAGCGAAAGCUUCCUGCUCUCCGAGAGGCUGGUUUGGAUCAGCUCAACAUUAGCCUGGAUACGCUGGAUGUAUUCAAGUUUGAAUUAAUGACUAGGCGGCGUGGUUUUCAGAACGUUAUGGAUUCGAUCACGGGCGCUGUGUCGGCUGGCUUUGACGCAGUCAAACUUAAUGCAGUUGUUAUCAAAAAUGUAAACGAUUAUGAAGUGGUGCGCUUUGUUGAGCUGACCAAGGACAUGCCAAUCAACGUUCGCUUUAUCGAAUAUAUGCCGUUUGAUGGUAACAAAUGGAAUGAGGCCAAGUUUGUCUCAUACAAAAACAUGCUGGCGCGCAUCAAAGAAACAUACCCAGAUGUCAUCAAACUUACUGAUGACGCAAACGAUACAUCAAAAGCAUAUGCAGUGCCUGGUUUCAGCGGCAAAUUCGGAUUCAUCACCUCGAUGAGUGAGCAUUUCUGCGGUUCCUGUAAUCGACUACGGCUAUUGGCUGAUGGCAACUUGAAGGUGUGCCUAUUUGGUAAUGCCGAAGUCAACCUGCGUGACGCAAUGAGAAGCGGUGCGCAAGAUGACAAAUUGUUGGAUGUCAUUGGUGCUGCAGUGAAACGAAAGAAGAAGCAGCAUGCAGCUGGCAGCACUAUGGCCUAUGCCAUUCCGUGUACAAGAGUUGGUCGACCAGCUGCUAUGCUUCCAGCACUCCCAUAUCGACCCAUCAUGCCCGCGCAAAACUGUUUAAGGAUCCCGAUGCGCCAUCAUUCUACUUCAUCAAAGUUGACACACACUGAUGCUUCUGGACGUGCCACAAUGGUGGACGUGAGCUCCAAGACAGCGACUUUACGAACCGCCACAGCAAAGGGCCGCGUGCUUAUGAGUGCCGAAGCCUUUUCACUCGUCAAAACCAAUGCAAUGAAGAAGGGAGACGUCUUAACCGUAGCUCAGAUUGCAGGAAUUCAUGCCGCUAAACAAACUGGCGUAUUGAUUCCCCUAUGUCACCCACUACCUCUAUCUCGCAUUGACGUCCGUCUAGAUUUGGACGAUGAUAAUCAAUGUGUCGAUGUUGCGGCAACCGUAUCCUGUCGUGGACAGACUGGGGUGGAAAUGGAGGCCAUCGUGGCGGUUUCAGUCGCAUGUUGUACGGUUUAUGAUAUGUGUAAGGCUGUAGAUAAAGGCAUUAGGAUACAUGAUAUACGCGUGGUUGAAAAAACGGGUGGAAAGAGUGGGGACUAUAAAGCUGAUUGAGACCGGUUGGUGGAGACGGUUCUGGUCCACUUUUUUAUAGUAUACAAUUAAGAAGCUAGUGUCGAGAUUUCACCUUCUUGAAUUACAAGUCAGGAGUUGCA